UACGGAAGCAGGCCUCUUUCCUUCCCUUUCGCGAAGAACUGACGUUCCUGACUCACCGCUGUUCGCUUGGAACUUACGAAUAAGUCGGUCAGGAAUAUAAAGAGAAAAUGGCGUUCAAGGACACCGGUAAAGCCCCUGUUGAGGCUGAGGUUGCCAUCCAUCGCAUCCGUAUCACCCUCACCAGCCGCAACGUCAAGUCUCUGGAGAAGGUGUGCGCAGACCUUAUCCGUGGAGCUAAGGAGAAGAACCUCAAGGUGAAGGGACCAGUCCGUAUGCCCACCAAGACUCUGCGCAUCACCACCAGAAAGACACCCUGUGGAGAAGGCUCCAAGACCUGGGAUCGUUUCCAAAUGCGGAUCCACAAGCGUUUGAUCGACCUGCACAGUCCCUCUGAGAUUGUCAAGCAGAUCACCUCAAUCAGCAUUGAGCCUGGUGUAGAGGUUGAGGUCACCAUCGCUGAUGCAUAAGCUGUUUUGUACCCAAUGCAAUAAAAGCUUCAAACAUAA